CAGAUUCACCAUCAGUUCUCCGUCCACAUGGGCGACUGGACUGGAGUGGUGACACUGGCCCUAGAUCAGCUGACCGACAAUCUAACUGCACAAUGAUGUCACAUUGAGGUACGGAGGCGUCUUGAAGAGCAGGAAACUCUACGCAUCAGAUGGUCCCCUGGUCGGCAGGACACCAGCCGGUACACCUCGGAGCUUGGGAAACUGGGGUGGGUCAAUCUGGGUCUGGUGAACCUGGUUUGGAUGAACCUGGUACUGUCGAACCUGGUGUUGUUAAAGCUGGUUUUGCUGAGGUUGUUCUGUUGAAUCUGGUUUUGGUGAUCCUGUUUCCAACAUGAAGGAAGGAGAGCAUAUGUCUCCUGAACGAGACGCUGUGGUCAUGAUGGGCGAUCGCGGAGCUGUCGAAUUCAUCAGACUUCUCUCAGAUGGGAGUCCCUCCUCCAGCGCCCAUCCCUCUGAGGGCCCCUCCCUGCCCCCCCCCCCCCCUGAGGGCCCCUGGCCCCCGGAGGGCCCCUGGUCGGUCAGACCCGCAGCCCAGCGGUCCGGCCUGCCUCUCAGGGAGCUGGCCGCUACCCUUCAGGAGAAGAGAGCCGAACGGGCCUCCAGGGGCCGGCCGGGGCCCCGCAGCCUCCGUGCCUGGGAGGCCUGGGGCCCCGCCCACAUCAUCCACCCCCGGAGGCUGGGCCCCUGGGCCGGAUGGGAGGCCCUCGGCCGCCUGCAGUUGUGGCGCGGCGCGCUGCACACCGUCGAGAGCCGGUUUGGGGUGGGCAUCAAGGCGUACUUCGUCUUCCUCAGGUACCUAUUGUACAUGAACCUGCUCCACAGUGUGUUGGUCCUGGCCUUCAUCCUGGGGCCCGCGGCAGGGGACAUAGGGGCCAGCUUCAAUGCUUCUCUCGGCUUUCUUUACACCAACGCAUCAUUGGACAUUCUCCUUGGAACUGGCUUCCUGGAGAGAUCUCCUGUCUUCUACGGGUUCUACUCCUCCAGCUCCUCCCCCAAUCCCUGCCUGAACCCAGCGCUGCUGUACCUCACAGGGGUCCUCGUCAUCUUCAGCCUCAGCCUCAUCGUGCUGGUCCGCAGGAUGGCGGUGGCCUACAGGCGGAGCUGGCUGCUGGGGCAACGCCACGCGGUGAACCUGAGCCUCCGGGUGCUGAGCGGCUGGGACUUCACCGUCCAGGACCCCGCCGCCGCCGCCCUGAUGCACGGCCUCAUCAGGAACCACCUGAAGCUCUACCUGCAGGAACAGGCCUUCAGCCUGCGCGAGGCUCAGAGGACCCUGCCUCAGUGGGGGGUGCUCUACACGCUGAGGGUCUCGCUCAACCUCUUCGUUCUGUCUCUGCUGGGAGGAGCCUUCGCCGUCAUCUACUCCUCCACCGUGUGGUCCAAUGAGAAGCUCCGUGUGGAGGCUGGAUUCUGGCGCACUCUGCUGUUCCAGUAUCUGCCGGCCGUCACCAUGAACCUGGUCAACCUGCUCCUCCCCCACAUCUUCAGGAAGGUCUCCUCUCUGGAGGACUACUCCCUCUCCACUCAGGUCAACGCCACCUUCAUGAGGAGCAUCUUUCUGAAACUGGCCUCGCUGGGAAUCUUCUUGUUCUUCAUAUUUAAAACCGACCGCCAACAAGGAGACUCGUGUUGGGAGAACCAGUUUGGGAGAGAGAUGUACAAGCUGGUGAUGCUGGACUUCAUGGCCAGUAUCCUCAUCACUCUGCUGGUGGACCUUCCCACAAGGAUGCUAAAGGACAAGUGUCCGUCAUGCUGGCUGGCGCGGUUGUCAGGGAAACAGCGAUUCCAGGUCCCGUUCAACGCCCUCAACCUGGUGUACAACCAGACGGUGCUGUGGGCCGGCGUGUUCUACUGCCCCCUGCUGCCGCUCUUAGGCACUGUCAAACUGGUGACGCUGUUCUACUUCAAGAAGUUCAAAGUGCUGCGCUGCUGCGCUCCGGAGCAGAGGAUGUUCAGAGCCGCCAGUUCAUCGGUCCUGUUCCACUUCAUGCUGCUGCUGGGCCUCUUCAUGGUGGCAGGCACCCUGGGCCUGGACGUCACGAGGUCCAGGUCCAAGCCCUCCCCCUGCGGGCCCUUUGCGGGUGGCAGUGUGCUGAACUCGACGGGCGUGUGCGUGGCCAGCCUCCCAGGGCCGCUGCAGUCCAGCCUCCGCUACCUGGCCUCCGGGCCCUUUGUGGUGCCCCUCAUCAUGGCGGAGAUGUUGAUCCUAAACUACUUCUUCGUUCUGAGGCGAGCCAACCGGAGCGCGGCGGAGCGCCUCAAGCACCUGCUGGUGACGUCUAGUGCAGAUAAGCGUUUCCUGGUGCUGGUGUUGGGAGAACUUAGCGCCGACAAGAAGAGCGACUCUUUAAACCUCUCCGGCCGGACAGUACAGCUACUGGACCCCCCAGUGGACCCCCAGCAGACCCCAUAACGGACCCCUGGACCCCAACUGGACCCCCACUGAAGCCCCACCGGACCCCCUAACAGACCCUUACUGGACCACCUAACAGCCCCCCACUGGACCCCCUAACAGACCCCCACUGGACCCCCUAACAGACCCCCUAACAGACCCCCACUGGACCCCCUAAC